AUGGCGGCGGCUGCACGGUUUCUGCUCAGGAGUGCAAGCUCAAAGGGGGCUGUUUCUAAUGUACACGGUGGCGUGCCCAGUUGCUUGGGUAUUACUUUGGCGAAGCUUUCUCCAAGCGUUUCGCCCACUUCCAAAACCCACAGGAGGCAUGUCUCCCAUUUCACCUUUCAGCCUGACCCGGUGACCACUGACUAUGGGCCCACUGUGAAGAUGAACCUGUUCCAGUCGAUAACCAGUGCCUUGGACAACACACUUGCCGCAGAUCCGACAGCAGUAAUCUUUGGGGAAGACGUUGCCUUUGGUGGAGUAUUCCGCUGUACAGUUGGCCUUCGAGACAAGUAUGGUGAGUAGCUUUCAGUGAAGUGCC